GGUCCUUCAAAAUGACAACCUUGAUCCAUAUUUGGUGACGCGGCGAAUCGAAUCGUCAACGAUGCCGCUGUCAUUACGAGAAUUGCUCCUGAUCAUUGUCCUUGGUCAUGUGUGUCAUCGCACUUCCUGUUAUUUGCAAGGCAGUUCCACCGGAAUGACAGAAAGACUGGAAAACGUAACACAAACUAUUUCGAGAAUUUUGGACGGUUACGAUAUACGAUUAAGGCCAAAUUUUGGUGGAGAUCCUUUAUUCGUCGGUAUGGAUCUCACGAUUGCCAGUUUUGAUGCCAUUUCGGAAGUCAAUAUGGAUUACACCAUAACAAUGUAUUUAAAUCAAUACUGGAAGGAUGAGAGACUCGCUUUUUCUCAUGAGGGGGAAGUUUUAACCCUAAGUGGAGAUUUCGCCGAAAAAAUUUGGGUACCUGACACUUUUUUCGCAAAUGACAAAAAUAGCUUUCUUCACGACGUGACCGAACGCAACAAGCUCGUCCGAUUAUCAGGAGGUGGUUCAGUCACAUAUGGUAUGAGAUUUACGACGACUUUGGCGUGUAUGAUGGACCUGCAUUAUUAUCCUCUUGACUCACAAAAUUGCACCGUUGAGAUCGAAAGUUAUGGUUAUACGGUUUCGGAUGUGGUUAUGUACUGGAAGGAGACACCAGUCAGAGGCGUGGACGAGGCGGAAUUACCCCAGUUUACAAUAAUCGGUUACGAGACCAACGAUCGGACUGAGACACUUGCCACCGGAGUUUAUCAGAGACUCUCUUUGAGUUUCAAACUAAAAAGGAAUAUUGGAUACUUUGUCUUUCAAACCUAUCUUCCCAGCAUUCUUAUAGUCAUGCUCAGCUGGGUCAGUUUUUGGAUCAAUCACGAAGCCACCAGUGCCCGAGUUGCUCUAGGUAUCACCACUGUAUUGACCAUGACGACAAUUUCAACCGGAGUGAGAAGUUCCUUGCCACGCAUCAGCUACGUGAAAGCUAUCGACAUUUAUCUGGUGAUGUGUUUUGUCUUUGUUUUUGCGGCUUUGCUGGAGUAUGCGGCAGUCAAUUACACGUAUUGGGGCGCAAGAGCCAAAAAGAAAACCAAAAAGAAAGACACCGAGGAGAAGAAGCCUACUUCCUCCAAGAUUGAGAGUAAAGCGAGUUCGCCAUUCCCGGGCAAUACUGACGUGGACAUUAUAGAAUUGCAUGAUCUAAGAAUGUCACCUCUUCCAAGUAUCAGAAGUAGAUCGGGACUGGUCAGUGCUUCUGGAACACCAGGACCACCGAAGGAUCACGAUCCAGCGAAAUUCCCCCCGAGUUUUCGAAUAUCCAGAGCACCUGGUUACAAUACACACGGCCGAAAUAGUGGUCUCAGGUACAGAGGGCCUAGGCAGCACAAACCCAAGGUGUUGCACGCAAUUCGCCGAGGCGCAUCAGUAUUACGAGCUUCAAUGCCGAAAAUCAAGGACGUUAAUAUAAUUGAUAAGUACUCGAGAAUCAUUUUUCCCGUGAGCUUUUUACUCUUCAAUGCCGGUUAUUGGAUAUUUUACGUUCUAUGAGGGAACAAUUUUCGUAACUAGAGGUAAUUAUCGUUUCGUACGUUUUUAUUUAUAUUUCCUUUUUUAAAUAUAAUUAUGUACAAAACUCACGGUCAAAAAUAAAUAAUAACUAAUGCGGGUUUGUAGAUAAUAUAGAAGAAUUUGGUGAAUUUCACGAAAAAAAAAACAGAAAUAAGCUGAGAAAACAAAUAUUAGAAGCGUAAUAGAUUCCAUUCGAUCUCAUAAUGUUUAGGAAAGAAAUUUAUUUAUUAUAUAGUGGCGUCAUUAGAUUAUAGUAUAUACAUAUAACUAAUUAAAUUUUGAAAAAGAAAGGACAAAAACAAGUCUAGUUACGUCACAGAAAAGAAAGAAUUAAAAAACUCUUUCUUAAAGGGUUCAUUGAUAAUUGAAACGAACAUUGUAAAUUAAGAUAAUAACAAUUUUAUAUAUAUAUAUAUAUAUAUAUAUAUAUAUAUAUAAUAUUUGUCCCGACACGAAAAAGUUGAGACAUGUAGACAAAGAAAGUUAUAAAUCUACUGCCAUGACAUCAUACACACGCACAUAAACUUGCAUACACAUUAUAUAAAAAAAUGUAUAAAAUAUUUUGUGUUUCAACUUGCGAGCACAAAGAACUUGUUCAAAGGUACGAAAAUCAUAUGAGCAGAUAGUAAAGUCUGACAAAACACAUAAAUAUUAAAGACCAAUUCAAAUUUGCAGAAUUUUUUCUUCUUUUUCUUUAAUAUUUUUGAAUAAAGUAAAAAUAGUUAUUAAAACAAAGAAAAUUUCAAUACACAGAAUACUUUAUUAUAAUUUUUGUAUUACAAAUUAUUCAUGGAUCUUUAUUUAUACAUUUUAAAUUGGAAUUCACUUUUUCUAUUAGAAAUAUUUCAUUAUUUUAAUAAAUCAUAAUUAAUAAUGUUAUACUGAUAUAAGAUUGUUAAAAUAAUAGAGAGAGAUUUUAUAAAUCCAUAUAAUAAUUUUUUAAUUUAAUUAAUAUUUGCAGAAAAAAGCAAAGAGAGAAAUGUCUCCUCGUAAAUUUGCUGUUGUCUGAAAUCAUGUAAAAAAAUUAUAUAUUGUAAAGAAAAGACGAACGACAAUAUGUUCCUAAUCAAGCCUAUCGACAUUGGUAGCCGGAAGACAAAAAAAAAAAAAAAAAAAAAAGAAACGAAACGAAACACAAAUCUGGAAUAUCGCGAAACAUUUAAAAAUGUUUAAUUCAUUUUAUUAGUCAAUUCCAAUAAUAUUCCAAACAUGAAAAAUUCAAAGUUCAAAGAAUAUUUUUCUUUUCAUUAUUUCUAACAAUAUUUUUUAUUUUUUAUCAUUCACGCCGAAUUUAUAAAAAAUAUGUAUUUUUUCAAAAGAAAUAAUAUUUGAUUUUCAAUAUUAUUAGUAAAAAGAAUUCCAUUUCGCGCUAUCCAGUCUUGUGUUAGUUAUUUUAAAUAAUUGUAAUAUAAAUAAUAUAUUAUCCUCGACGUCGUAACGAGCGUAGAAUUUUAUCGCACUAAUUUUAAGAGAAUAAAAAACAAACAAAUAUAUAAUAUAUGCGUAUAAAUAAUAUAAUAUAUAAGUGAAAUAUGAAAUGUUUUAUGUCUCAAAAGAGAGACCAAAAUUCGACGUCCGAGAAUGUUUAGCAAUUUUUUUGAGAAAAUUCUGAAAUAUACAAAUAAUAGAAUUAUCAUCUUCAGAGUUUAUAUAAAGAAAAUAUAAUACAAAAAAAGGAAUUAAUCAUAAUAUAGUUAAAUAAUAAAAAGUAAUGAAAAAAAUAAAAUUUUAUGAAAAUGAAAUAUAUAAAAAUUACAAUAAUAAUUAAUAAAAUAUAUUUACAAAGAUCUAUAUUGAUGUUAAGUGGCGAAAUGCGCGAGAAAAUACCAAAAAAAUAAUUGCAAUUAUUAAAAUGAGAACACAAAGCAAAAAAAAAAAAAAAAAAAAAGAAAAAAAUUUAUGAAAACUAUGAUAAUUACAAACAACUUGACAUUGUAGAUAUCACUCAUCGAAAAGACUUCGCAUUCUUAUUUUAUAUUUCCCUAUUAUAUUCGAGAUUAUUAUUUCUCUGGGAAAUGUUUUAUUGUCUAUGAUUUCGUGAAAAAAAGUCCAGUAAAAUAAAUACUAAGUAUAUAAAAUAUUCUCUUUUGCUCUUGAAUUAUUGCCAUUUUCAAAAUACAUUUAUCAUUUUUCUAUUCAUUAUUUUGAAAAGUGAAUUUAUAUCUGAAAAAAUGCCAUACCUAUUAGAAAUAUUAAAUUAUUUCUAAUAUAAAGAAACAGCGAAUUAAUCGGUCGUUGGCUCAUGUUGAGGGAGUUUCGAGGAAUUGAUUUUUCGAGAGUAAAAUACGUUAUAUUAAUAAAAGUGAUAAUACGAUGACGAGUCAAUCAUUUUCCAAUCGAAAGCAUGUUUCAUUACAAAUGAUAAAUAAUUUAUUAAUAUCGUUGAAUUGCACUGGGUUACAAAAAAAUGGUCAUA